CUCGUACCUGUGUUACUUAUAUCCCCGCAUGAGGCUCAGAACAGACACACACACCUGUCAGUCAACACACCUGCCCUGCACUCCAGAAGCUGCACUUCCUGCACUACAGUCCGUCUUCAGGCUUCCAUCCAGAUGUCUCUGUGUGUGACCUCACAUUUCUGCCUGCUGGUCCUUCCAGUGAUGUCACUCCUGCUACUUUUCUCUCCCAUUGGUUGGAGCUAUGAUGGCCCCACCCCAGGGUGUCACUUGCACCCCUUCAACGUGACCAUCCGCAGUGAUCGCCGUGGCACAUGUAAAGGAACCCACGUGGUCUAUGCUUGUGUGGGCUACUGCGAGUCCAGCGCCUUCCCAUCCAGAUACUCAGUGCUGGUGGCAUCAAACUUCACUCACAACAUCACCUCUGCUUCACAAUGCUGUACUAUUAGCAAGGAUGCUAAGGUCAAAGUUCGUCUGGACUGCCCUCAAGGUCAUCACCACGAGGAAAUGGAGAUCAUAACAGCAAAAGCCUGUCGUUGUGACAUGUGCCGCAAGUCCCGUUACUGACACAUGAAGACAGUAUGCUGUGUAUCAAAUGGGCACCAAGCUAAGAACCACAUUAUCACGUAUUACGUUAGAUAGAUGGUACAAACUUUGACAAACGAGGUCCAAGUAAUACAGCAGUAACAAAUCCUUUUUCUAUCUGUGUCCACGUGGGAAACCCUGCUUAUAGGAAAAUGUCUUCCAAAUAGGAGCUGUCAAUGUGAGUGCGUCUUCAUGUGAGUGUGUGAGUGUGUGGCUAUGUUUUAUAUGAUGUGUGAGGUUUUCUGAAAAGUGGAGUUUCUACUUUGCUUUGAGGCUUGACACACUUGACUUUGUGAGCAGCUAAACAAUUGUUCCACUAUUUCUCAUCCAGCAAGUUCAACUUCAGACAGUCCAGAUUUCUAAUCAAUCAAACUCUGUACCUGAGAAGACGUUAUCAUAUCAGUUUUACAUUUAAGACAGUUAUGUAGCCUAUUUGACCUGUUAUUAAUUAAAACUCAAUACAUUACAAACCUUUGGAUUUAACAUAAAUGUCAUAAACUGGUAGUUUCAUUCAUUCUUUGCAAUAACCACUAUCCACAGACAAAAGACCAAAGAAUGUACAAAUUUUAUUUAUAUUUAUGAAUUUGAACUCAAAGACAUUUUGUAAAUAAUAUCUAUUGAUGAAACCAAAGAAUGUUGGAAAUGUCGAUGAAAUGAAAAGAGAAAGAAUGCACUGUAUUGUUUUGUGAUGAAACCGUUUUUUUUUUCAAUAAAUUUCUA